UCUUUGCGCAGCCGCAGUGCCAUGUAAACACAACUGCCGCGGUUGGCUGUAUCUCGGGCUAAUAUCGCUAACUAAAUUGAGCUCAAAGAGCCGAAAUUUUACUCGGCUUGCGGUGCAAAGAUUAUUAGCCUUCCAUGAAAGAAACGGCGCCAAUUCUGCAAUAUGCGCUGUAGUCAGCUAACUAAUUGAGAGCGUCAGCUAAGAAGGUUAGCUAGCGGCGACGUUAGCGUUAGCUUGUAACCAAUGAUAAAGCGUUUGAGACUGGCUUGUUAACUAGCUAGCCCGUUAUCCUCACACCUUUUGUAGUUUAAUAGAAUGUGGAAUUUGUAAUUAUUCGCUAUAUUUGUCAGUGUUACGAAAAUGACCAAUUGCACCACGUCAUUGUUCAGCGUAAUUAGCUAGCCAGACAAGGUUAGUUUUGCUAACUCAGGUGACAGGCCAUCGACUGACAGGAAACAAGCUACGUUUACAAGUCGAUAGCAUCAACCAGCCGGGUCCUCCAGUCUGGUCAGAACAAACACAACAAGGAAACUCGUCGUGGUUGAUUUAGUGUCAUCAUAUGUUGACUGAAAACAGGAAACGGCAGCGCAGUGGUGGUGAUGAGGAGAGUGGCCACCUGGUGCCCCAAGCCAAAAGGCAGAGCAGAGCUCACCCUCUCUCUCCUGAGCCAGGCCGGGAUGCUUGGGACUCUGAGUCAUCCAACAGUGAGAGCAACAGCAGCAUCAGCAGUCCAGAACAUGCUGCUGGGAGCUGUAGCAGUCGGUGUGUUGUGGGCCCCUGCAGUCCCCUCAGCUCUGGCGACUCCUCAGAACUGGCCGGCCCUACAAACCUGGUGUCCUACCUGCAGAUCAACCGCAUCCUGAAGGAGGCCCACUUCCAGAGCCUGCAGAGCCGAGGCCAGCUCAGAGACACAUGAUGACUUAAUGUCCUUUUGUCAGCCACCAGAGGACCGAGUCCCUCAAGAAUAUUGGAGCACCACAUGCUGAAUCACUUCACUCAGCUCUUCCCCACGCAUCUCCAGUUACUGUGAUAUCUCACAGCUCUACAUAUCUGUGGAUGGAGACCAGCUCCUGGUCAGGUAUCUGGAGGGUGUUUAUCAUUCAAAUAAAUCAAAGUGAUAAUUAUUUUAGCAAUAAUAACUGUGUGAUCCACUUCAACAUUUUUUGUGAUCCACUUGAUUUCUGACCAGUCUGGUUUACAUGCUGCUCUCAGAGCCAUUGUAGUGACUGAUUGAUGAUGAUAAAUCCCUGUGUUUUGUCUUAUAUGUUGUAUGAAAACAGUGCUACUGGAGCUGUCCAAAUGGCACCAAACACAAUUUUAGGCCGGUCAGUGUGACCUGUUUAGUCUCCUUGUAGGGUACUUGGUUGUUUAAUGCUGAAUCUGAUGUCUGUGUAAGUACAUGGACCAGUCUCAGGGAGGAUUUGCACUUGUCUUGGACUGCUCAUUUGUUUUCAUAUUCAGACAGUGGCUCCUUUACAGGGGGGCUGUAGAAGCCAUGGGUGUUAACUUGGCCAAGGAAGUUAUUUUCUAUUCCUAUUUUGUUAGUUAUUAGAGUAUUUCUUGUCUUGUUUAGAUUUCAGUUAAAUGUAGUGGAGAUUCAGGAAGCCAUGGAAUAAGUGAGUUGAUUUUAGCAUGGAUCAUACAUUAAAAGGAUUCCAUAAUACUGCCAUACAUGGGAGUUUUGAAUAAAUUUGCAAAUUUUCCACACAGGUCCACAGUGAGGUCCGGUGUUGUCUCCAAGUCUGUUCUCCCGUUGUUGUGUUUCUCGUUACCUUAACAUGUAACCUUAUCCUAACCCGAGCCACUGAGGAGAGGGGGCACUAUAGGAAACGCAGUUGCAAUGGGAGGGAAACUCUAUCUGACGGUGUAAAAGACUUUGACACAACAACGGUAAAGAGACUGAUGGCUGGUAAAACCUUUACGGACCGAUAUGGCAGCUCACCACUGGGAGUUGUCCUGGUGUGCUUGAUGGCCAUUUUUGUUCUGCUGGCGGCUGCACUUUGUCGACCCGUGACUUGGUGGGGGGGGUGUUGUCAAUGAAGUGUGUUAACCAAUAAAUGUGGCUGGUGAGCAUCCUAACUAUUAUAUCUAGGUUUCCAACAGAGCCCCCCAAACAUCCCGAUGCGUAGGCCCGGUGGGCUGCCAUGCUUUGAAUACACUGGCAUAAACCGUGCACAUCCAAUUCUAGGUGAAGAUUCAAAUUUCAUAAACAUACUUGACUGUUAAAAUAUUGUACAGCCUUGGCAGUGGUGUCCCCAGGUGUUUCUUUCUCGCUAUUGUUUUUAUGUUUUAUUUUGUCCACAUCAUGUAAUAGAUAAAUUAUUCCAUUAGUUCUUGUAAGCACUAAAGUUUGUGAUCUUGACAUAACCCAUCUGGUCUUCUCAUGAUCAUUAGAUAAUAACGCUAUAGAUUGCGACACAGGAAUAAUCCUCUACAAUCAGCAGCAUUGCCAAAUGUCACUCAUAUUUGAUACCAGAAUUUAACACUGUUUAUAAACUGAUGCAACUACAUCCAAAGGAAGAGUCCAUGUAUGGUCACUAUUAUAUUCCCUUACAGGAUGUGAUGGUAGACCUGUGCAAGUCAUCUUAUAAUGGCCUUGGAUACAAAGCAGUGUUAGGUAGAGAUGGCAUAAUGUUUGUGGAUUAUGAAUAGAUGGAUGAAUGCUCCAUCUUGUGCAUCUUUUCUAAUAAUGGUGAGAAUGCAGAGUGAUUCAUGUCAAGAUUGAUCACGAGAUAAUUAUGUCGAGAUCAUGAGAGAAUAAUUAAGAAUAUUUUGAUCAUUAUGAUGGCUUCUCGUGAUCAGGGGAAAAAUGUAAUGUGAGUACAAUAUUACCAACUUUAGUUUUCUUGUGACCACAAAAAGAAAACAACAAUAGUAACACCCAUGAAGUCUACAACCUUCCAAACUUCGUUCGCAAUCUUUUAUUUUUGUAUUGGAGUGCUGUUUGAUGUGGCAUUUGAGCAUGUAGGGAACUGUAGUUCUUUCAGUCCAGAGGGGGUUACAGUACAGCUUUUAGGAACAAAAAGACAUUCCCCUGGCUUUGUUUGCAAUAUUACUGGAGCCACUAAAAUGCUGUUUUAGUUGCAGACGAGCCUCUCUACCUGUGCACUACCAUUCAAUGGUUGCUGUGAAUGUCUGUGUGCACUGAACAUCCAGGUACAAGCACUGACCGUAAGGCUGUGCGUCUCUCCUUUUCUUAAAGCGGGAUUGGUUUCGUUGCUGAACCUUUAUCCCAGGAGUAAGCUCAGCUGUUUAUUUUUAUUUCUAUUUUUUCAGACUGGUGUGUCAGAAAUGAAAGCGUUUUGAAGAUGUGGUUUAUUUUUUUUCAAUGAUAUAUUUUUUGUAUUUAGUAAUGUACAUGACAUUAACCUGCCAUUGUUUUGAUUUUUCUUGUAAAUAUUCCUUCAUUUCAAAAAUAAAAGUUAAUGUUUUUGAACAAAGA